GGCAUCCAAUCCCGACCAGAACGAACCACCCAGAGCUCCACCGAUCUUGAAGCCAUGGCGGCGUCGUCGUCGUCUUCGCGCACCCUCCCGCUCCAGCUCCUGCGGUACGGGACGCCGUCCUCGUCCCGCGUUGGGCUCCGGGCGCACCACCCACCUUCUCCGCCUUCCGUCCGCCUGCGGGCGGCGAGAGGACCGAGGCCCAUCGCGGCGGCGGCAGCUUCGCACCACGACUACGCAUCAGGAUGCGGCGCCGGCGACGACGACGGCAUCGCUGCCGCCACGAGUGUAGGGCUGCUGCACCAAGUGGACGAAGACGCUGCUGCGGCGGCCGGGCUGCGGGCGGCGAGGCCCGUAGGCUGCGCUCCGCAGCCUCCCAAGGGGCGCGCCGGCAAGCCCAAGGAAGGCGGCGGCGGGAAGGUUCACGCCGCGCCGACGUCAUCGGCGGCGAAGCGAGCACCACGAGCACCGGCGCCGGCAGGUUUGCCCAAGGAAGGAUCCGGCGGACAGGGUGGAAAGGUCCACUAAUUAACGACAAGGCAAGCAACCAAUUGGACGGACUAGAUCAUAUAAUAAUUAGUGGCUACUAGCACAAGUUUAAUUUUCUUUUUUUGUAUAAAGCUGAAAUGGAAUAUGAGAUUGGAAUA